UUUGCAGUGACAAACGGCGUAUGACAAAGUUCACUUACUCGUUUAUAUUCGCUACAGUACUGUAUUCAUAUUCAGGGCAAAAAGGAUACACGCGAUGGAUAAUUAUAGAAAACAAAAGUUGAUAUGUUUUUUUCUAUGUUUGGUCGGCAUGAUUGCAAUCAUGUUUGAAGUAAUCGGUUGUUCUACCGAAGCAUGGCUAAGCUAUGAUAUGGACAUACAUAUUAGUUCAUAUAAGAUAAAGACCUCGGUAUCUAUUGGAUUAUGGACUGUCACUUCUUGCGUAACCGACGAAAGCAACUCCAUUUAUGUGGGCAACCCAGUGACAGAAUGCAAAACAGUUACUAUUGAGCAAUUAAACAAGGCCAUUGCUAUGUCUAAUGGCACUUUCAAAGAACAAGGAAAGGAGUUUCUGAAGAGUUUUCUCCCGCAGAAGAUUCUAACAGUAGCCGGUGGAUUGCUAGCAUUAUGCAGCUUAGCGCUAACAUACUCGUUCGCCAGGACUAAGCCAAUGAAACUACACCGUGAGCGCAGUUUCCUGCAUAGUAUGCUGGAUCAUAUCAGGCGCACUACUGUUUGUAGCUGUGGGUAUCCAGAACCACAACAAUGCUAAUUUUGAAAAAGAAACUCAAAUGGCGGCUGAUAAACCGGAAAUAAGAGACAUAUUGACAUUUUCAUUCGGUACACAUGCUUCCAUCAUUUUGUUGGGAAUUGGAGGUUCGUUUGGAGUACUCCUGGCACUAAUUAUAGCUAUAAUGAUUGUCUGCCGUAUUAGAAGUGGUAAUGGUGUGGAGGGAUAUAGAAACCAGGCUAUUUAAAGCUGUUUGUAAUGCAGAAAGAUUGUGUUUAUUGCCUACGCCAUUGUACAGUCCGUCAUUCAACUACAUGUGCACCGACACUACUUACAACAGCAACAUCAACAUUAAUUUCAGGACCCAAUGUCUUAAGUUUGUCUCUUCUAAUCUUGGAUGAUUUAUACUCCAGUGCGUUCCAUUACUUCAUAUCAGCCCAAACUUAAGGUCCAAUAUGAGAUGUGACAGACUUAGUUCCAGGUUACCGCAAUAGUUAACUCCCUUUGCAAAUCUUGCAGCCAUUGGGGGUUAACUUGUAUGUCAUGUGCCAUAAGGAUACUUUACAAAAUGGACACUUGUCAAAUUUCUUCCUAUGUGUAGAGAUUACAUAUGCAGCAACACUAAAAAUCAUUCUUUUAUCGGUAAACAGAAGAUAAUUUCUUGUCUAAUCUGUAGUAGAGUUUAUGUCAGUAUUAACCCUAAAAAGGCUGCCAGGGGAGAUAAUGUGUGCUAUGUGAAAACUAUCAUAGGGCUAAAAGGCAGCUACUCGAUGCACAUAUACAUCAUUUCGUUAUUAAAGUAUCUUCACAGUUACCUAUCUUUGCAAAGUAAAUACAAAGGUAAAGUUGAUACCUAUAGAACUAGGAUGUGUGAGUAUUCGACUGUAAUAGCUGUCAGCUGCCUACUGUCUCCAUGGAGUUUUAUCAUUCUUCCCCACACCUUUGCAAAGUAAAUUAAAAGAUAUCUAUAAAUCUGAUAUGUGAGUUUUUUCGUCUGUAGCCUAUUAGCUGUUAGCUUUCUACUGUCUCCAUGGAGUUUUAUCAUUCUUCCACAUCCGCUUCAAGCUCUGUAAAAAGAGACUGAUGUUCCUAAUGGCUUAUCGUUUUAUUUCUUUAGUUGCUGACAGGAUGUAUCACAUGCUGAGUUUUGUCAUUACCUGAUUCAUAAACUUACGCGUCGUAUUGUGACGAUGUCACAUUUUUUGUAUCAUUAAUUCAAUCAAAAUUCUCUCGCCUUCCAUUACGUACCACACUUCGUUUCUUUCUGGCUUGAACUUAGACUUGUUUUUGUGAUUUAAUUCACAUUCUGGCAUUGGCAAGCUUUUUCUGCUUUAGCAACAAUACACGUGCAUUGAAUGAGAAUAAAUUGAAAUUGUA